GGGGAAGAAAGAGAGAGUGGACGACCCACAUCCUCUGUUUUCAUUUUUUUAUGCAUAUACUCAUUUCUAGAUCUUAGUCUUCAUCGUUUCUCGAAUCCAGGUUCCAUUAAUGGAAUCUGAAUUGAACUUGAAAUCGAUGUUUGAAGGAUCCGAUGCCUCUGUUCUAGUUCGUGAAGACUAAAUGUUAGUAAUCCUAUCACUGUAUCUACUGGAUUCUGUCUAAUUUCAUCAAGAUAAGUUGGAUUUUAAGGUAGAAACAGCAUUCAAGUUAGUGAGUUGUUUGCUAAUUUUGAGGGUUAAGAAUACUGAAAACUUAUGGCAAUUCAACAUGGGAUUGUGGAGAAGAUGGAACCAGAUAAUGGUAAGCUGUUUAUUGGUGGGAUUUCUUGGGAUACCGAUGAGGAUCGAUUGAAAGAGUAUUUUAGUAGUUAUGGGGAGGUGGUGGAAGCCGUUAUCAUGAGAGAUCGUUUGACUGGUCGUGCAAGAGGAUUUGGUUUCGUAGUGUUUGUUGAUCCUGCUGUUGCUGAGAGAGUUGUAAUGGAGAAGCAUAUGAUUGAUGGUCGAACUGUUGAAGCAAAGAAGGCUGUUCCAAGGGAAGACCACCAUGGACUAAAUAGAAACAUUAGCAACAUUCAAGGAUCGCCAGGCCCAAUGGGGCGUACGAAGAAGAUAUUCGUAGGUGGGUUGGCAUCAACCGUCACCGAAACCGAUUUCAAGAAAUACUUUGAUCAAUUUGGUACCAUCAUAGAUGUGGUGGUCAUGUAUGACCACAACACCCAAAGGCCAAGAGGUUUUGGUUUCAUUACAUAUGAUUCUGAAGAGUCGGUGGAUAGGGUAUUACACAAGACGUUCCACGAACUCAACGGUAAAAUGGUUGAGGUCAAACGGGCAGUCCCUAAAGAGUUGUCUCCAGGGCCAAACCAUAGUCCAUUGGUUGGAUAUAACUAUGGCUUGGGUAGACCCAACUCAUUUCUUACAACUAGCUACCCACAAGGCUACAAUAUGAGCUCAAUUGGAAGUUAUGGAGUCAGAAUGGACAGUCGGUUCAGUCCAACUGUUGGUGGUCGAACCGGGUUCCCUCCAUUUGGUUCAAAUGGUUAUAAUAUGGGCAUGAAUGUGGAGCCAUCUUUAAGCCCAUUUGGAGGGUCUUCCAAUAUUGGCUAUGGAAGAGUUAUGAGCCCAUAUUAUGGUGGAAAUCCAAAUAGAUAUAGUACUCCUAUUGGAUUCAAUCAAGCUAGUGGCAGAAGUGAGCCACCUAUAGGUUCAUCGGCUAGAAAUAUGUUGGGAAAUGGUGGACUCACCAGCCCGGUUGGCCCUGGUUCUGGUUCGUAUUUGGGUUCAGGAAAUGGUGGAUUUGGAGUAUUUGGGAACAAUGCAGCCGGUUGGGGUUCUAACCCGUUAGUUUCUCAAGGUGGAGUGAACCCUUCUGGCUAUAUUGAUGGGCUAGUAGGUGGUGCACUUAGAAGAAACAAUGGAGCCGCGGUGGCUGCACCAUCAUCAUUUAAUGGACCAAAUGGUGGUCAUCAGGGUAUUUAUGGUAAUUUAUAUCGUGGGGGUUCAAUUUAUGGCGAUGCAACUUGGCAGUCGUCAUCUAGUGAGCUCGAUGGUUCUGUUUCGGGUUCAUUUGGCUAUGGGGUUGGUAAUGCAGAAGAUGCCAUGGCUAGAAGUUCUGAAGGUUAUGUUGGGAGCUAUAGUAUUGCAAAUAGACAAGUGAAUAGAGAAAUCGCUGCAUAGAAGUUUUCAUGUUUUGCAUACGGUAACGCAACUUUAGGAGGAAGACGCUUCGGUUUGAAGUGGACUGAUUUUCGUAAAUAUCCCUCGUUAGCAUACAACAUCGGCAUCUUUAAGGCGAUUCGAUCUGAGGAUUUCUUGAUAAGAUCAUAUACACUACACUAUACACAUAUCAAGAAGGGCAGUUUAAAAAUGGGAUCUUGUUAUCAGUUUUUGAUUUCUAAUUGACGGUAGAUUUCAUCGAUAGUUGUAAAAUCAAGAACGCGUGAUAUAUUGUCCAUCCCCUUCGAUAAAGGGCGGGUAGGAUAGAUCAAUAAUUUCUAUUUUUCGUUAUCGAUUGUUGUCGUAAUUCAUGGCAAUGUUGCAUGCCUGUACUGUUUUCCAACAAUUUUUUUUCUAGCAAUGUACCUGUGAUUUUCUUGAUUUAUAGAGUGUGAAGGAUUG